AUGUAUUCUCAUUCGAAUCGCAACACGAAAAAUGACAAUAGACCGAGGUAUUCAGUGAAAAUUUCUCAAAUUUGGGCAUGUACCCCAAAAUAACGAUAUUUGAGUCCGUAAAACACUUUUGGCGCGGUAUUAAAGAGACAGCUCCAAAAAUGUAAAGCUUUGUUCGUGGCGAGACCCUUUUCACGGAGAAACUGCUUUUUCGCGUUUUCUUCGGUGAAACCGUGAAACAUCUGAAAAUUGUUACCGAAAUCCUGCAUGUUUGCGAGAAAAAUCCGCUAAAAUCGACGAAUCCUUAAACUUUCACUGUACAGUCUCUCAAUUCAAACCAAAAUAUCGCCUAUUUUUUUUUGUUGCAGAAUCCGAGUGUUCUCAUUUGUGCGCAAAAUGAACCCGAACCAGCAGCAGUUGGCGCGUGUUCCGAAGCAGGAAUCGGCUGGAAGCGGCCGUCGGUAUGCGCAACAGCAGCAGCAGCAUCAGUCGGCGCCGACGACGAGAUCACAGCAGAACGGAUCAGGCGGCGGAGCCAAAGGGAGUCAGAACGGAAAAGUGUCGUCGUCGAUGACGAUAGAGGAAGUGCCGAAUCACGCAUUUCUCGAAAGCAUUGUACGGGUUUUAUUGCAUUUUUGUCCUCACAAAAUGAAUUCUCUUCUCAGAACAACUCGGCGACGCCGACCAACUCGAACAACAAAGUGGACGAGGAGAAACUGCCGGUGUUCCUCAUUAAGCUGUGGAAUAUUGUCGAAGACAACAAUCUGCAGAACAUCGUUCAUUGGGACGAGGUUUGCAAAAAAAAAUAUAGAAAAAUACAAGAAAAUGCUGAUUUUUUUGCAGUCCGGAGCCUCGUUCCACAUCGCCGAUCCGUACUCGUUCUGCCGAAAUGUGCUGCCGCACUAUUUCAAACACAACAAUCUGAACAGUUUGAUUCGGCAGUUGAAUAUGUGUAAGUUUGGGAUUUUUAGCCAACAAUUUCACCGUUUCUCCAAUUUGCAGUUUUUUAGCGAUUACAAUUUCUCCAGUUUUCGAGAUUUUCGAGUGCUAUUCCACUCCGGGUGUGGACCACUCGAAAUGUUUCUUUCUUGCAGAUGGAUUCCGAAAAAUGACGCCCCUUUCGCAGGGCGGUCUCACACGGACCGAAUCCGACCAGGAUCACCUCGAAUUCAGCCAUCCGUUCUUUUUGCAAAACCGACCCGAACUGUUGUGUCAAAUAAAGCGAAAAGUAGGGGAACUCCGAGGGGAAAUGGGCGAAAAUACGAUAUUGUAGCAGUCGGCGAAGGUGGUCGAAGACAAGCAGGCGAGCGAGCAGACGCAGCAGAAUCUCGAGGUGAUGAUGGCGGAAAUGCGGAUGAUGCGCGACAAGGCGCGCAAUAUGGAGUCCAAAAUGAACUCGUUGACCAAGUGAGCACCGUUUUGCGAAAAUAGUCUCAAGAUUUCAAGUUUGAGCCACUUUUUGCAGAGAGAACCGUGACAUUUGGGAGCAAAUGCACACGAUGCGCCAACAACACACUCGUCAGCAGCAAAACUUUAAAAAACUCCUCCACUUUCUCGUCUCCGUCAUGCAACCGGGUCUUUCGAAGCGAGUUGCGAAACGGUAAGUACAUUCGUCGCCUUUUCUCCUAUGCUUUCAACUUUUUCUUGUUCAGCGGCGUUCUGGAAAUAGCGUCGGCGAGCUCAUCGUCGGCGAAACGCCCCCGCAACUCGGACGACGGACCCUACAAGGACGUGUGCGAUCUGCUCGAGUCGCUGCAACGCGAGAGCCAGGAGAGCCAGCAGUUCCGCCGCUUCAGCCAGAACGACUGCGGACCGCUCAUCUCGGAAGUGACCGACGAGUUUGGCAAUUCGCCCGGAGCACGAAGCGGCGGCGGCGACAUGUUCUCCGACGCGUUCGGCGUUCCGCGCUAUCCGGACAGCUCGUCGAGCCGCGAACCGUCGCCGCACCCGACCAUUUCGCAACCGUCCUCCAGCAGUGCCGCGCAGACCGCCACCGCCUACGACGACAAUAUCGGAAGCAGCGGGAGAAUGGGCGCGAAGUCCGUUUAUAUGGGAAGCGGCGCGUUGACGCACGAGAAUGUGCACCGCGCAAAUGUGGGCGCGAAACGGGACUAUCAGGGCGUAUCUACUUCUUCUGCUCCGCCCCCUCCGAAUCCUCAAAUGUCGAUGGGAAAAGCGGCGCCAGGCAGCGGAAGACGUGCUCCGUACAAAACGGCGAAUCGGCAGAUGACCCAGCAGACGCAGCCGAUCCCACCGAUCUACCCGACGGUCCCACCCCAGAUAGCCUACCAACCACAACCACCUCCGCAACAUCAGCAGCAGCAGCAGCAGCAUCAGAACCAACUGGCGCGACUCGAAGACGAUCCGCAUCAGGAUCUCUACUCGCCGACGCUCGCCAUCAACCCCUCACUGGAUCGAUCGAUUUCGAACGAGUUGCAGGAGUACUUUACCGGCUACGACAGCAAACUCGACAAUCUGCGCGACAUGAUGGCCAACAGCAACUGGGAGAGUUUCGGCGAUUAUCUGCCGGAAGACGAGGAGGACGAGCAGGACCAUCUGCAGUUCCUCCAACAGCACCAGCAACAGCAGCAGCAGCAGCAGUACCCGAUGCACCAGCAACUGCAACAUCAGCAGCCGCUCGCGCUCGAGAACGGUCCCGAUGCGGACGUUUUUGGAGAAGAGGACGUGUAUGCCGACGGAGAGGAUCUGCUGGAUCCGCUGCUCAGCGAUGUCACCCAUCCGGAGAACGGAUUCGAAGUGCCGCUGGUGAGAGGGCGACUCGAGUUUUAUAGACUUGUCGCGCAAAAAUAAUCAUUUUCGUUCAAACUCGAUGGAAAUUUGUUGAGAAAUUCCUUUUAUGCUCAAAUUUUUGCGGGAAAACGCUCGAUUACCAGAAUUUUGACAAUUUUAUCUCCAACUGAUUCGGUGUAGUUUCAGCACGAUGCGAACUACGCGCCACUCGCCGACGAGGAGCUUUUCCCACGAUCGCCGCUGCUCCGCACGCCGAGCCCAGGACAAUAA